CCAUUAAACUAUCACUUUCUUAUUUUUUAUCUAUAUUUUUUUCAAACUUCUUUUGGCUGAUCUCCAACAAGUGGAAAUUUUACCUUUCAAUACUUUCACUAUAAUUCCAUAUUUCACCAACUUGAUAUACUUAAUAAUUUUUUUUUUUAUAUAGAAUCUUCUCUUGUAUCUUUCUCUCUCUAAUUAAGGAAAUGGGGGAUUAAUCUCUUUUUUAAUCUACUGUACUAGAUACAAUUAGUAUACCAGAGUGUAUUAAUUUUUAUUAAUUUUGUCAGUUAUUGUGUAUUAUUUCAUAACUAUUGACAGUAGAAAACGGUUCUAUGGCAAGCAAAGCUCUGAGCUUUCGCCAGCUUUAGAGUGCUCAUAUUCUGAGUUGCAGAAAAAAAGGAAGUGGGCAAAAAUUAAAGCAAAAAAAUAAAUAAAAAGAUUGCUUGAUUUUUGGGUUUUCUGUAGAUUAGAUUCUUAUUGCUUGAGCAUUACUGCAAUAUCUGGGUUACUGGGUGUUCUGUGAUUUUGCAUAAAGACACCCUCCUUUUUUUUUUUUGUGGGUUAUUUUGUUCUGUACUUGAUUAGAGAUUUAAUUAUGUGUUAGUACUAUAUAGUUUUCUAUGAUUGAUAAAGUUGGAAUUCAGUGAUUGGAAUUUUGACACUACUUCAUGGGAUGGGGUUGAUGCUGCAAGUCACUUGGCAGUUGAUGAAUCUAUGCAUCAUUGCUAUUGUUGUUAUUCCAGGAUCUUCAGGUUUCAGCGAACCUCUGUUACCGGAGUCUUCAUCUCCAAUCCCUUCCAUAGAAGCACAGGUGCCUAGUUCCAUAUAUGAACGAGGACCUGGUUCGAUUGUCCAACCUCCUACGGCAUCUCCAUCAAUCAAGUCUUCUCCAGUUCACCAGAUAAUUGAAGGUCCGCCGCCAUUCCUGUCACCAAGACAAUCAGCUACGCUGCCAUCACACCAUGAUAUUGCUGCACCACAAAUUGCUCAUGGUUCAGCUCCACCAACAUCUGCAGAAUCACCAAAUUAUUCUUCGUUUCCUGUGACAAAGGCUCAGCAUGAUUUGACUCCGCCUCCUGUAAUUGUGUUAUCACAUGAUUCAGCACCGCCUUUACCAGUUGCUGAACCACCACACUAUACAACUCCACCUCCCAGUGCUAAGCCAUUAUAUAAUUCAACUAUAACACCGUCUGCUGAGCCACCGUAUGCUUCAGCUGUCCCACCAGCUCAACUGCCAAUCGUAGAGCCACCAAAGGCUCCACGAACUCCUCCAACAGCUCUGGUCCCAUCACAUACUUCAGCUCAGCCGCCAGCUGUUGAGCCUCCUCAUAGUCCGGCUUUUCCACUGGCUGCAAAGCCACCAGAUACUAAGCCUUCAUUGCCUGUUUCAGAGCCACCACGAGGAAUGACUCUAUCACCUUCUUCAACCAUGCAGCCCCCUCCUAUUCCUGCUGCUGAGUCCCCAAUUUUUGCAACUCCACCAGCUGUUUUGGUCCCGCCACAUCCUUCACCGCAGUCGCCAGUUGUUGCGCCUCCUCAUAGGCCAGCUCUUCCAGUGGCUGCAAAGCCACCGGAUUCUAAGCCCACAUUGCCUGUUGCAGAGUCACCACGAGGAUUGACUCUAUCACCUUCUUCAACCAUGCAGGCCCCUCCUACUCCUAGUGCUGAGGCCCCAAUUUUUAAAGCUCCACCAGCUGUUUUGGUCCCGUCACAUGCUUCAUCUCAGUCACCAGUUGCUGAGCCUCCUCAUAGGCCAGCUCUUCCAGUGGCUGCAAAGCCACCGGAUUCUAAGCCCACAUUGCCUGUUGCAGAGUCACCACGAGGAUUGACUCUAUCACCUUCUUCAACCAUGCAGGCCCCUCCUACUCCUAGUGCUGAGGCCCCAAUUUUUAAAGCUCCACCAGCUGUUUUGGUCCCGUCACAUGCUUCAUCUCAGUCACCAGUUGCUGAGCCUCCUCAUAGGCCAGCUCUUCCAGUGGCUGCAAAGCCACCGGAUUCUAAGCCCACAUUGCCUGUUGCAGAGCCACCACGAGGAUUGAUUCUAACACCUCCUGCACAGGCACCACCAGUUCUUCCUUUGCUACCCCCUGUAAUGUCACCACAUCCUUUUGACAUGCCAUCUCCUCCUGCUCCCCUAAGUGCAUCAUCUCCUCUGCCUCAACUGGUGCCUCCUGCCCCUCCUCCAACUUCUAUAGUGCCUUCAAAUGCUUCACUUCUACCCCCUUUAACGGCUCCCCCUAGCCCAGAUCCCCCAACAAGUUUACCUUCAACAUCCCCUCCUAAGCCACCAAAUGCUUCACUUCUGCCGCCUCUGAUGGCUCCCCCUACCCCAGAUCCCCCAACAAACUUACCUUCACCAUCCCCUCCUGAGCCACCAGCUGCUUCGGCACCCCCACCUGAACUGGUUCCACCAGUUGUAUUUUCUCCUCCACCUCAAUUGGUCCCACCACCUGCCGCUCCUCCAACUUCUGAGGGUUCUUCAAAUGCUUCGGUUUCGCCACCUUUCAUGGUGCCUCCACCAGAUAUACCUUUACCUCCCCUAACUGCUCCGCCUCCUUUGAUGGUGCCUCCACCAAAUUUACCUUUACCUCCCCCAGCUGUUGCACCACCUUUGAUGAUGCCCUCACCAGAUUUACCUUUAACACCCCCAGCUGCUCUGCCACCAUUGAUGGUGCCUCCACCAGUUUUACCUUUACCUCCCCCAGCUGCUCCGCCCCGUGCUUCAGCUACACUUUUACCUCCUAUGCCAUCACAUGCCUCAUCUCCCCUGUCUCAACCAGUCCCACCUCAUGCUCUGUCUACACCACCACCUGUACAGUUACCUCACAUAUCCCCUCCACGUUCAUCCAUUCUACAUGGAGCAAUUCCACCUUCCGCUUCUCCUCCAUUCCCUUUAUUGACUCCUCCCCUCGCUCCAGCUUCUCCAGUAAUUCCAUCCCAUCCUUUAUCUUCCCCCCCACCCUCUGAUUCCUUUGUUCCACCAUCUCCAGCAAUGCAUCAAACUGUUCCUGUUGCACCCCCUCAUUCUUCUCAAAGAAAAGAAACACAGAAAGGGGCUCCUCCACCAUCACUAUCUUCUCCAAAGGCAUCACCUUCUUCAAGAACACCGCCAGAAGGUGCACCACCUGUCCACCAAGCUACCCCAAGAUCCCACCCUCCUAGUUCUCAACAAAUAGAAGCACCAAAGCAUGCUCCUAUCUUCAGAUCAAAUGCUUCAGAGCCUCAUACCACUCCUUCAUCCAUUUCACCUUCAAGCAAUGACCCUAUUCGUGGAUCGAUGGCACCGCCAGGUAGAGCACCAGAUCAAUCACCAAGGAACAACAUUUCACCAUAUCAUGCUCCUGCAGAGCCCAAAGUUGAGAGUCACAAUGCGACUGCUCCUGCCCCAUUCUCCUUCAGAGUGUCUCCUGCAAACAAUAGAUCUUAUCAUUCUACACCUCGUUCUCCAGUUAAAGGAUCUCCAACAGCUACACCUCCUCUACCAUCUCCCCCAGAAAUUGCUGAAGUUUCUCCUGCACCUUCACCUCUCCCGAGGGCUCCACCUGGCUCUUCUGGAAUUCCCUUUCUCUCUCCUAAAAUUUCUCCUUCUGGGUCUUCAACAAGGAACAAAAAGAGACCUCUUGCACCAGCAAUUCGUUCAUUACCGCCUCCACCCCCCAAUGAAGAUUGUGCAUACCUUACAUGCCCCGAGCCUUUUACAAAUACGCCUCCAGGAUCACCCUGUGGUUGUGUCUGGCCAAUGCAAGUUGGGCUACGCCUUAGCGUGGCUUUGUAUACUUUUUUCCCAUUGGUAACGGAGUUGGCCAAGGAAAUUGCAGCCGGGGUGUUUAUGAAACAAAGUCAAGUUCGUGUAAUGGGAGCUAAUGCUGCAAGCCAGGACUCAGAAAAAACUAUUGUCCUGGUUAACUUGGUACCACUUAACCAGAAAUUUGACAACAUCACAGCAUUUCUGACAUUUCAGAGAUUCUGGCACAAGCAGGUGGUAAUAGACAAAUCCAUUUUUGGCGAUUAUGACAUAUUGUACGUCCGUUAUCCAGGUCUUCCUCCCUCUCCACCUAUGGCUCCUGCUGACAUUGCUGUAAUUAAUGGCAUGCCUUAUUCUGUUCAAGACCCUAACCAGAGUAAAGUGCAUCCUCUAGGAGUUGAUGUGACAAAACAGAGGCAUAAGCACAGACUUAAUGGCAUUGUUAUUGGUGCUAUAGUUUUUUCAGCUGUUCUUGGUGUGUUAAUCUGUUGUUCUAUUGCUUGGGUUUUGGUAUUCCGGCACACAAAGACUGAUCCUCAACCAGCACAAAAUCCACGUGUUCUCCCUUCACUUGCAAGAUCAUCAGGGCCUACAGGAAAUUCAACUGGAAGUGGUCCAAGUUCUUCAUUGUCAAUGGGAUCUAGCCUUGGAACAUACACUGGAGCAGCUAAGACAUUCAGCGCAAACGAGAUAGAAAAAGCCACCGAUAACUUUAGUCCUUCAAAAAUAGUUGGUGAAGGUGGAUUUGGUCUUGUUUAUAGUGGUGUUCUAGAAGACAAAACUAGUGUUGCUGUGAAGGUUCUUAAGAGAGAUGAUCAGCAGGGAGGUCGGGAAUUCUUGGCCGAAGUUGAAAUGCUUACCCGUCUUCACCACAGGAAUUUGGUGACACUAAUUGGCAUUUGUACAGACGAGCAAAUGCGUUGCUUAGUUUAUGAACUUAUUCCAAAUGGCAGUGUUGAUUCUCAUCUACAUGGGACAGACAAAGAAACUGCUCCUCUUGAUUGGGCUUCUCGAAUGAAGAUUGCACUUGGUGCUGCACGUGGUCUUGCCUAUCUGCAUGAAGACUCCAGUCCUCGAGUCAUUCAUAGAGAUUUCAAGUCUAGCAACAUCUUGUUGGAAAACGAUUUCACGCCGAAAGUCUCAGACUUUGGCUUGGCUCGGACUGCUAUGGAUGAAGAGAAUAGACACAUCUCUACACGUGUUAUGGGGACUUUUGGGUAUGUGGCUCCGGAGUAUGCUAUGACUGGUCACCUUCUUGUAAAGAGUGACGUGUACAGUUAUGGAGUUGUCCUUCUCGAGCUUUUAACUGGAAGAAAGCCUGUAGACAUGUCACAGCCACCUGGCCAAGAAAACCUAGUUGCUUGGACAAGGCCAUUUCUCACUACCAAAGAAGGAACAGAAUUGAUCCUUGACCCAACCUUAGGAUCUGAUGUACCUUUAGACAGCGUGGCGAAAGUGGCGGCAAUUGCCUCGAUGUGUGUGCAGCCGGAGGUGUCUCAUCGUCCUUUUAUGGGUGAGGUUGUACAGGCAUUGAAGCUGGUCUGUAACGAGUGCGAUGACUCCAAGGAUGGCAGCUCUAGACAUGGCAGCCAUGAAAACCUAUCAAUGGAUUUUGAUGCUAAAGCAAGCCCGGUUUCAGAAACAGAGGUCCCUUUGCCAAAACAAUUCUCUCUCCAAAGUUAUCAUCCUGCACUAGAUGUUGAGAAGGGUAUGUCAGUGUCUGAAAAUUUUAGUGCAUCAGCGCGGACAAAUAGGCAGACGUCAGAUACAUUCCGAAGACAUUCUGCAUCGGGUCCUUUAAAGACGGCAAGGGGGCGGAACUUUUGGCAGAGAAUGAGGCCGUCUAAUGGAAGUGUAAGUGAGCACGGUAUAAUGUAUAGAUUAUGGGCAGGGUCACACUAAAUGUAUGUUGAAUAACAACUUUUUUAGAUUAGUGCUUGCUAUUCUUUCUUUUUUUCAUGUUUUUUUUUGGGGUCAUUAGUCAUAUUGCUUCUUUCAUGUCGAUAUCUUAUGGAUGGAUGGAAGUGAGAAGAAUGUUAAAGGGCAUUUUUGGAGGUUAUGUUUAUAAGUUUGCUCAGGAUGGAGGUGAGAAGUAGAAUGACUAAUAGUUGAAUAUAUGGGUUUGAGGUAAGGCAUUCAUCUUGUUAUUAAAAUGUAUAGAAGAUUUUGUAUCAAUAUCAAAUGUAGUGUACGUUUUUCUGGGGCA